AUGGCCGCCUUCGAGCAACAUCCCCGCUUUGAUGUGGUCGUAGAGUGGGUUGCCAAGGUUCUUUGCCGUUUGGCACCUCGCGAUCUCAAGACUGCAGAAUCCAAAUGGCUAAAGCGCUUCAAAGAUGCCGCUCACAAUCUGCGCAAGAGCAACAAGCAGGCCGAGCUUUCAGUGGCGGAGCUGUUUCGCAAGAUGGGGAGCUAG